AUGAUCUGUAAAGCUCUUUGCACGCUUCUGAAUUGCCUUCUGGUUUUUGCAAUUGUUACUUUGCUGAUAAGUACCUCUGUUUUAAUAUGGCUAAACACCCAGCGUCUUCCCCUGUGCCCCGCUGAUCACACAGACUUCGACCGACCUGUGAUCCACAAUGAGCGCAGUGUCGUUUUUGCCGACCUCACGCAGGAAGAGAUUCUGCAAGUGCGUGACUACCUAUCCAAAAUCCCCGGAAUGAAAAUCUCAUCUGACCCGUUUUCUUCUCCUGUCGCUGACUUUCUGUACAUGAUUGAACUCUCCAUGCCGAAGAAACAGGAGGUUUUGCAGUACCUAGAUGCAAAUGGUCCAAAACCAGCAAGAGAGGCAACUGCUGUGGUUUUUCAUGUCAAUCAGGAUAACAUCAAGGAAUAUGUAGUUGGUCCUCUUCCCAACCCAACCUACCACCGAGAUGUCACUGUUGAGAGGUACAAAAGAGAGAUCCCUCUCUCUGCACGUCCAGGUUUCUUUUGGGAGAGAGUAUUUUUGACCGUUUUAAUGGAGACAGAACUUACAAAAGUAAGUACGCUCAUGAACGAAAGCUUUGGUUUAACACCGUCAUCGUACAGCAUUUACUAUGAGAACAUGCCAAGAGGGGUCAAAUCAGGAGACAGACAGUCAUGGUUUUCACUCUGUCGCAAAGUGGAGGGGUUCUUUAUCCAUCCAGUGGGGUUUGAAGUCUUCAUCGACCAUGCAAGCAAAAAUGUUUCAUCCUGGCGUUUAAUGAAAGUGCUCUAUAAUGGUCAGUACUUUGACAGUUUAGCAGAACUAAAACAGCAAUAUGAGGCAGGGACUAUAGAGAAAAUCGUCUACAAACCUGUGCCGAACUAUGCUUCGCUCAAACCCCGGAAGAAACCCACAGGCGUUGGACCCCAGCAGUUUUAUGUUGAAGGAAAGCGAUUCAGUGUAAAGGACAACAACAUCGUAUACUUGGACUGGAGUUUUGCCUUUGGUUUGAACACCCUUAGAGGCAUGAGAGUGUUUGACGUACGAUAUAAAGGUGAAAGGAUCAUCUAUGAGCUGAGUGUUCAGGAGGCCAUGUCAGUCUAUGGAUCUGCCACUCCCAAUCUCAUGCUCACCAAGUUCCUUGAUGGCAGUGUAGGCAUUGGUGCGUGUGCCUACGAACUGGUCAGAGGUGUAGACUGCCCCUCAACAGCCACCUACAUAGACACAGUCCAUUUCAAAGAUAGCGAUGUCCCACGCACACUCAAAAACUCAAUUUGUGUUUUUGAACACAACUUUGGUCAACCACUGCGGAGGCACUUCUCUGAGAUAGUUUACAACAGUUAUGGAGGACUGGCCAAUAACGCCUUGGUGUUCAGGACAAUCACAGCCAUAGGAAACUACGACUAUGUUUGGGAUUUCAUUUUCUACCAAAGUGGCUCAGUGGAGGCUAAAGUGUACGCCACAGGCUACAUUGCAUCAUCUUUCAAAGUUAAAGACAACUUUAAGUUUGGUCAUCAAGUAGCGGAGAUGGUCACUGGAAACAUCCACACUCAUUUCCUCAACUUUAAGGUGGAUCUUGAUAUUUUGGGUAAGUCUUAA